AUGACAUCUGUUACAGAAUCAUCUUUAUCUGGCAAAGCCCGAUCGGUUGCAUGCGAAGAUAAUUGUUUUGGAGCAUAUCAUCUUAUAUGGCUCGAUGGUUUAAUCGAUUCGCCAAAAUAUUUAGAUAAGCAAAACGAACUUCGGUUAUCAAUCAACUAUUUACAAACAUUCAACGAAGUGGAUAAAUGUAUAAAGUAUAUUCAAUCAGUGUCUUCACAACAUCGACUUAUCGUAAUUGCCAAUGAUGACUUUUGCCAACAAUUAAUACCUGAAGUUCAUGGCCUUCCAGGAGUAUUUUCAAUUCACAUAUAUUGCGAAAAUAAGCAGCAUGAUUGCCAACAGAAUAAACUGUAUAGCAAGGUAAAAAAUGAUUAUGACCAAUUUGAUGAUGUAAUCAAUAGAAUAGGAUUUGAUCAAUCCAGAAGAAUUGAAGAUAGAUGUGAUCAGCCAAUGUUAAUCAAUGUUUGCAAUACAAAUAAUAAUCAUGAACUAUCCACAACUGAAAUGGGUGGUCAAUUCGUACAAUCGCAAUUACUAAUUGCUUCUCUUCUUAAAAUGGAAACAACUUCAACAGAUCAAAAAGAAUUUAUUUGUAAAUGUCGAGAACUCUAUAAAGAUGAAAAGACACAACUACGGUUCAUUGAUGAAUUCGAACGAGAUUAUGCAUCAGACUUUUCAUUGUGGUGGUAUACAAGAGAAACAUUUCUCUAUCAUUUAUUGAAUACAGCACUUCGUGUUCAGGAUAUUGAUUUACUCUUUUAUUUUGGUUUUUUUAUUCGUGAUCUUGAAGAACAACUUCGAGAACUUCGACAAAAUCAAUAUUCAUCGCCUAUUCAUGUCUAUCGAGCUCAACUAAUGUCUAUUGAAGAACUAAAUUUAUUGAAAGAUUCAAAAAAUAAAUUGAUUUCAAUGAAUUCAUUUUUAUCAACUACUUGUGAUCCUAGAUUAGCUCGUUUCUAUCUCGGUUCAUCUACUAAUGAUGAUAAAUUUCAAAGAAUCUUAUUCGAGAUUAACGCCGAUCCUCUCCAAGACAAUAUAAAACCAUUUGCUGAUAUUUCACGAAGAAGCGUGUUUAAGCAAGAAGAAGAAAUAUUACUAAUGCCUGGAUCAAUUUUUUGCCUGGAAAAUAUCUCUUGUGACGAUGAUAAAAUAUGGCAUAUUAAAAUGAAUUUAUGUAGUGAUAGCGAAUGCGAAUUACAAACGAUCUUUUCGCACAUGACAAAUCAAUAUGACUCGACCAGCACUAAAUUAACUUUAUUUGGACGUGUUCUGAUUGAUAUGGCCCAAUUUGAUUAUGCUGAGAAAUAUUUGUGUCGACGAUUAAAACAAAUAUCUUCUGAACAUCAAGACAGUUAUAAAUGUUAUCAUGCACUUGGCAAAGUAUCAUUUGAAAAAGGAGAGUAUGAGAACAGUAUAAAUUAUCUUGUCGCAUCACGUGAAAUUCUACAAAAAAGAAGACCAAAUGAUUUUAGAAUUGCAUACAUCUAUAAUAGUAUGGGCGAAGUUUAUCAAAAGAAAGGUGAAAUCAAAGAAGCGCUGCAAUCGUACGAAAAAGCAUUAGAUAUUUUCAAGCAAACAUUUGCAGAUGAUCAUGAAAAUAUAGCCUGGUGUUAUAACAAUUUAGGUAUCAUCUACUUAGAACAGAAAAAUUUUUCCGAAGCAUUACAAUAUCUUACGAAAGCUUUAAAUAUUAAACAGGGAAAACUUCCUGAUGGACAUCCUUGCUUGGGUAAUACAUACAAUAAUCUCGGUAAUGUACAUUAUUUUCGUCAUGAAUAUGAGCAAGCAUUAAAAAAAUAUCAAUUAUCGUAUGAAAUUUUCAAAAAAUCUCUUACUCCUCAACAUCCUUCAAUUGCAAGAGUACUGAAAAAUAUCGGUAUUGUUUAUGAAGCUACAAAAGCUUUCAUUGAAGCUAAACUACAUUAUGAAAAAGCGCUUUAUAUUCGUAAACAGAUUUUUAAGCCAGAACAUCCUGAUUUAAUUGAAAUUAGCAAAGAUAUCGAACGUGUAUCAUUAAAAAUACAAUAA